UGAGACCUGGCGUUGAGUUAAAAUUGCCUCAGGUUAUCAAGUCUAUGGAAGAAGACGGAGUUGCGCGAAUUAUUUCUGAGGAAGGCUUGUGCACACACGUAUUAUUCGCUCGGCACCAACAAAUAGAACUUUUCCGCCGAUUCUCGCAUGUCGUUUGUGUAGACGCUACUCAUGGCACUAACCGUUUGAACUUCAAACUAUACCAGUUUUUAAUAACUGACGGCAUGGGGUAUGGCCGGCCAAUAUUUUAUGCGUUUCUGCGUCGGGAAGAUUACGCAUCAUUGCUUACGUUGUUCGAAGCGUUUCGGGAUAUCAUGGGUCAUGAUAUUCCCGUCCGCACAAUAAUG